UAAUGGCGGUUGUGUAUUCAUUGAUUGGAGGAGCAAAGCAAUAGCAGAAAGAGAGAGAUAGAAAAGAAACCAAGCCGCAUAGGAAGAAAGUGGUAAAAGUAGUAGUACUGGUAAGCGACAGGGAACUCUCUCACUCUCUCUGCCCAUUCUCUUCCAUUAGUCACCACUCGCCACUGCUAUUUCCAUCCAUUGCUGGAAACAAAAGGAGCCACCUCCCUUAGUAUCUACGUCUCUGAAAUCCUCAACCAUAGAUAUAAGACAUAUAUUCUUCGACAAACAAAAUCUAUAAAUACCCAAUACUGCUUUGGAAAACAGUUGGACUGUACGAAGCAGAGAGAUAGAGAGCUUUGAGAGAAGAAAACCCAAUGCAUAAUAGUACUAUAUGAUUCUUUUAACUUGUACCCUUUGCAUCAGUUUUUUGGUCUGUGACUGAGAACAAAGAUCUGGGCUUUUCUUUGUUAAAAAAGGAAACUUAUUGGGGGGAGGCUGCGAAAAAUCGUCAUCAUUCAAGCUGAGAUCUGUUGGGUAUUUCUGCUUGCUGGCGUUAGUGGUUACAAGCUUCGAGGAACCCAAAGAAAAAGCUGGUGUUUUGUUUGCACUUUAAGGAUCAAAAGUCUUUUUAGGAGGUGAAAUGUGGGGCUAAGGUGUUGGAGCAUAAAAAAGAGAAGAUUAUGUUGAUGUUUUAGCAUGAAGGUUUUGGUUCAGGAGAACAACACUUGGGGUUUUUGGGUGAAGAAGAAGAUAGGAGGCGGAUGAGGCUUAAAGCGAUUGUCUUUUGUAGUAACACCGGUUUUGGUUGAAAAAAAAAGACAAGAAGUCUCGGGGCUUUGUGUUUUUAUGUUGUUUCUAAAGUCUGUUCUUUGAUGGGUAAAUUGAGAGCUUUUGGCUCAAUUGGAGCUGGUUACUCUUAAGACACGGUGUUUUUUGUCGAGACAAAAGAGUAAAAAGAAAGGUCUUUGAGUGUGGGUGUCCCUGUUUGGAGGAUUUUGGUGCUUAAUUGGUGUGGUGGUUAAAGGAAGGGUUGUUGGGGUGGGGAUCUUUAUCUUUGAGAGUAUAAACUUGGGAUUUGAAGGUUUUGCUAAUUUUUCUUAGAAAAAAAAUGAGACUUUCUUCAGCUGGUUUCAAUCCACAAACUCAGGAAGGAGAGAAGAGAGUUCUGAACUCUGAACUUUGGCAUGCAUGUGCGGGUCCUCUUGUUUCUCUACCUCCCGUCGGAAGUAGGGUUGUCUAUUUUCCACAGGGUCAUAGCGAACAGGUAGCUGCAUCAACCAACAAGGAAGUGGAUGCCCAGAUACCUAACUACCCAAGCUUACCUCCACAACUUAUUUGUCAGCUUCAUAAUGUCACCAUGCAUGCAGAUAUUGAGACAGAUGAAGUAUAUGCACAAAUGACCUUGCAGCCACUGAGUCCGCAAGAACAAAAGGAGACUUACCUACCAGCAGAAUUGGGCAGUCCCAAUAAACAGCCGACAAAUUAUUUCUGUAAAACAUUAACAGCCAGUGACACAAGCACUCAUGGCGGGUUCUCUGUUCCUCGCCGAGCAGCUGAAAAAGUGUUUCCUCCACUGGACUUCUCCCAGCAGCCUCCAGCUCAAGAGUUAACUGCAAGGGACUUGCAUGAUAAUGAAUGGAAAUUUAGGCAUAUAUUUCGGGGCCAGCCCAAAAGGCACCUCUUGACAACAGGGUGGAGUGUAUUUGUAAGUGCUAAAAGACUAGUUGCGGGUGAUUCAGUGCUUUUUAUCUGGAAUGAAAAAAAUCAAUUACUUCUUGGUAUACGACGAGCUAAUCGACCUCAAACUGUAAUGCCUUCAUCAGUUUUAUCAAGUGAUAGCAUGCAUUUAGGGCUUCUUGCUGCUGCUGCUCAUGCAGCUGCAACAAAUAGUCGCUUCACUAUAUUUUAUAACCCAAGGGCUAGUCCAUCAGAAUUUGUCAUACCAAUGGCUAAAUAUAUCAAAGCUGUCUAUCAUACUCGAGUUUCUGUUGGUAUGCGCUUUAGAAUGCUUUUUGAAACAGAAGAAUCAAGUGUUCGUCGAUACAUGGGCACGAUAACUGGCAUAAGUGACUUAGAUCCUGUUCGCUGGCCAAAUUCAUAUUGGCGAUCAGUCAAGGUUGGCUGGGAUGAAUCAACAGCUGGAGAAAGGCAGCCAAGAGUUUCCUUAUGGGAGAUUGAACCAUUGACAACAUUCCCAAUGUAUACAUCUCCCUUUUCUUUAAGGCUUAAGCGACCAUGGCCACCAGGAUUACCUUCUUUCAAUGGCAUCAAGGAUGAUGAUUUAGGCAUGAGUUCUCCACUUAUGUGGCUACGAGGGGAUGCAGAUCGAGGAAUGCAUUCUCUGAAUUUUCAGGGGAUUGGAGUUACACCAUGGAUGCAGCCAAGGCUAGAUGCUUCCAUGCUGGGUUUGCAGCCUGACGUGUACCAAGCCAUGGCUGCUGCUGCACUGCAAGAGAUGAGAGCUGUGGAGCCUUCCAAACCAGCAACUGCUUCCCUUCUGCAAUUCCAGCAACCCCAAAAUUUCCCCAGCAGGCCUGCUGCUUUAAUUCAGCCCCAGACGUUGCAGCAGUCUCAGCCUCGGGGUUUUCUUCAGGGUGUUGAAGACAACCAGCAUCAGGCUCAGUUGAAGGCUCAGGUUCAAACUCAGCCACAUGUUCUUCAGCAACAAUUGCAUCACGAGAACUUGUUUAAUAACCAACAGCAACAUCAACAGCAGCUGCAGCAUCCACUGUCACAGCAACACCAGCAACUGGUCGAUCAUCAGCAGAUUUCUAGUGCAGUUUCUGCCAUGUCACAAUAUGCUUCAGCCUCUCAAUCAAAGUCAUCACCUUUGCAAGCCAUACCUUCACUUUGCCAACAACACAGUUUUUCUGAUUCAAAUGGGAACCCUGUGACCAGCCCUAUUGUCUCUCCUUUACAUAGUCUUUUGGGUUCUUUCCCCCAAGAUGAAUCGUCCAAUCUGCUCAAUAGAUCCAACCCUGUAAUUACUUCUGUCGGAUGGCCAUCUAAGCGGGCUGCUGUUGAUGUUCUCUCAUCUGGAUCUCCACAGUGCAUUCUGCCACAGGUGGAACAGUUGGGUACACCCCGGACAAACAUGUCUCAAAAUUCUAUUUCGCUUCCACCCUUUCCUGGCAGGGAGUGCUCAAUAGACCAAGAUGGGGGUUCUGAUCCACAAAGCCAUCUCUUGUUUGGUGUUAAUAUAGAGCCUUCAUCACUUCUAAUGCAAAAUGGGAUGUCAAGCCUUAGGGGAGUUGGCAGCGAUAGUGAUUCCACUACUAUACCCUUCUCUUCUAAUUAUACGAGUACUGCAGGCACUGAUUUUUCAGUUAAUCCAGUAAUGACACCUUCCAGCUGCAUUGAUGAAUCGGGAUUCUUGCAGUCUCCGGAAAAUGUGUGCCAAGGAAACCCACAAACCUAUGUUAAGGUUUAUAAAUCAGGGUCCUUUGGGAGGUCAUUGGAUAUCUCCAAAUUCAGCAGCUACAAUGAGCUGCGUGGCGAACUCGCACGAAUGUUUGGCCUUGAAGGCCAGUUAGAGGACCCUCCGAGAUCAGGCUGGCAGCUUGUAUUCGUUGACCGGGAGAAUGAUAUUCUUCUUCUUGGCGAUGACCCCUGGCCGGAGUUUGUGAACAGUGUGUGGUGUAUCAAGAUACUAUCACCGCCGGAAGUGCAGCAAAUGGGUAAACGAGGCCUAGAGCUUCUAAGCUCUGUCCCAGUUCAGAGGCUCUCCAAUGGCAGUUGUGAUGACUAUGUGAGCAGGCAGGACUCGAGAAAUUUAAGCUCUGGUAUUGCAACCGUGGGGUCUUUGGAUUACUGAAGAAUUUGACCACUUAAGAUACUGUUUCUCUGCUGUAAUAUUAUCCUCUCUUGGAACCCUUUUAUGGUAGGUGGAAAGAGCUACCUGACUCGAGCUUGAAGUUUCUAUAUAUAUAUAUAUAUAUAUAUAUAUAUAUAUAAGCUAAAUACUGUAAUUAUAAGAGAUAUUUGUCGCAUAUGUCAAUGAAAUAUGUACAAUCCAUAUUUAUUAGGAUAUCAAUAUUUGUGAAGCUAGUUGGCUUAUCCCCUCAUUCUUUGAGUAGUCAAUUUAUUAUGAGGUGAAGGAUAUAGAACAUACGACAAUGAGCAUGAUGUUAAACUAUCUUUUUGAAGUUUCCCAAGUUUAGAAAAUUCCUUUCUGGUAUGGAAUUGGAUGGCUAAUAAAUCCAAGAGCCGUGUGAUAAAAGAACCAACCAUUUCUCGAUUCCAUUAGUGUGAAAAUGACCCCUUUUCUUGAUUUGUUCCAAAAUUUGAAAAGUAAACAUCGACCCUACUGUCACCAUUAUCAACAGCUCAUCAAACCUAGCUGGGUUGUCGAUAAUCCAACCUGAAGAGGAGCUGAAGGGAAAAGUAAGGCUGUUCCUUCAAACAUAUCCAGGAAAAAAGUCACCGUCGGGGUUGUUUGAAGGCGCAUGAGUGAUGGCACUUAGACUGGAAAUGUUAGAUGAUUCCGUUGCAGUUUAUCCAGACGACACGGUGAUUAUGUCGUAACAAUCUUUGCGAUGGUAUUCUAAAGCAAAUUGAAAAGGUUCUGAAGAUCAGCAAGACAACAAAAAUCAAUCUCUCUAGGUCUAAAACAUCGUAUCUAGUACAUAUUUUUAUGCCUUCAAAGACUUGUUAGGGGCGCAGAUCAAAAUGUCUGCUGCAAUUCUGUGACUAGCUUUAGAGGUGAAAUUUGAUGGCAUGGGAACCCUACAAAUCGCUGGAAAAACGUUGAAGUUACCAAUUCUUUUAUCUCACCUGGAUUUAAAAAAAAAAAAACUAUAAUCUUCUUGUACUUUAAUUGAAAAAACAUAUAGGAAUCACAUGCAGCAUAUGAAACGGAAGGCUUCCAAUAAUUCGUAGCCUAACUGAUGGGCCAGGUUGAUGGCGGUGGGCCUGACAUGUGAGGCAUGUGUCCUCGCUCUUCUAUCCUCAUCUCCACAAGCCAUUUUCAUUGCAAUGUGGUAGAAAUUCCCACAUUCCCAUUUCAAUGAAUUUAAAGGAAGGGUGGGGAGAGAAAAAGAGAAGAUAUUAGUUGAGGUCUCCAUUUUGGGUUUGUGGGACUGGGGUGGCCGCAGUUUGAAGGUUGAAAUGAAGGGUUAGCUUUUUGUUGCUGUGAUUGCAUGUUGUGGGGCAUUUGACAAUAGAGGGAUGGAAUGGUGACAAAAGGGUAGGGCAGGCAUCUCACUAGGUUCAAAUAUUUCUGAAAACUUCAUCCAUCAAAAACAGAAGAUAGGGUACCUAUUAACAAUAAUAGUACCAACUCAAAAUUAAAGGGGUUGAGUUGGCAAACCAACAACCUCCCCCUCAAAGCUCUUUAUGUUUUGGUGGGGUUGAGAAGGAUGUCCUUUUUCCUUUUAACUUGCACUGCAUCAAAGCUUUUGCAUGACAGUUAACACCAUGUUCUGCCAAGCAUGUAUCAUGGCCAAAAAGAAAACGUUCAAAAUCGUUUAAUCCGUGGGAAUUGUAUGUGUGUUGGCACUUGGCAGCUGCACUCAUGUUUGGUUGGCAAGCAAGUACUGGAAGAAUUUACUUUUAGCUGUAAGAGAUUUGCCGAUGGUGAGAGGGACUCGUUUUUCAAAGAUUUUGUCAGAGCUUUUCUGUGCUCCCGAUAUCAUUCAGAUUUAAGCCAAUGUCCUUAGGAGUGCAAACCCUUGGAGAGUAAUGAACAUACAGUACAGCAAGUUUAGUUUCAUUAAAAGUAUGUUCAUACAAUAUUUGAACUCAAACAAACUACUCUUUUGAUGUUCUUUUUCACUUCUUUUUUCUACUUUGUACAUUAUCAAUUGUCUGAAUCCAUCAACUCCUUUGCACAAAUAUCAUUUCGUUUCUUUUCACCCUUGAUUGCUUUCAGCAACAUUCAUAAAAAGAAAUUAAUGCAUGGGUAAAAUCACAAAACAAAGGUCAUCUAGAGGAGAAGAGGUUCAGGAUUACUUGUGGGAAACUUGAUGUAGAAAGCCUAUUGUUCCUAAAAGAAUAUGCUUGGUUUACAUAAACUAAGUCCAUGGCCCAAUUUUCAAGCCAUAUAGAACCCUCCAGGAGCUCAAAAUAUUUAUAUAGAGAUCCUGUCAAGUAUAGGAAAAUUGUUUAGAGAAUUUGGUUGACAUGGGUCUAAUCUUUUUCGGAGGUUGAGGAUUGGCUGAAGCCUAAGUCUUCAAGGCUACAGGCCGAUAUAAACCAUGUCCGGACUCUUAAGCACCAAUAUUAUGCAUUCAUGUUAAUAAACCUGUUUGCAGUGUUCCCACUUCCCAGCGGUUUGCCCCAUUGGGCUGGCUUAAACACAACUGCCUUCAAAAAAGGCCAGCAGCCCAGUCCCGAAUGAGCUUUAAAACCGUUGGCAAGGGAAUUUUU